GUCUCGCUGAAAUUUCCUAAUGCGCGGUCUAGAUUGUAUUAUACGUCAAUGCCUCAGUUCCACGGUUCAACUGAGGAAACGUAAAAUCAGGAGCCAAUCAGAAGUGGAUUCCACAAGGCGCUACUCUAGUUAAAAUGACUUAAGUGUUCAUUGGUUGAGGACUACAGAGUCAUAACUACGUCAGUUACGAGGUAGCAACCACCUUUGAAUUUUCACUGAAAGAUGUGGAUAUUUUUUUAUCCAAAGCUCUAGAUAAUGAGAAAGCUCACAGAACUGCUGUAGAAGUAAGUAAUGAUUUUGCAAAGAAACACGCCGGAUGAAUGAUCAGGAGGAGGGGAGCCCCUUGAGUUUCUACGUAUUUCGGUUAGUGAUUUUUGUUCGUCGCAAGAAGUUGUGUUGGUACUUAAAGUUGUUCUAAGAAUUUGCGCGGCUCGGCGGCUGGCUUCUGUUCAUUGUUUGUUCAUGUUCAUACGUAUCUUCAACUUCGAUCUUCGUUCGUACACCGAAAAAUAUCAACCCAAACGAGAAUCCAGAACCAUUUAAAAUGAGUGAUAAGGACCACCACAAGCCGCUGUUCAACCGCCUAGUACCCGAAGGAUCAAAAGGAGCUAAGCACGCCCUAAAAGUGGCAAGAAUUAAGAGAAAGCUGGAGGAAAGAAAAAUCAAGCGCAUAGCGGCGAUGACUAUUUCGGCAAUGUUGUUUAAUGAUGAUAGUGAUGACCAAUUUGUCAUCAAGAAAAUAGAAAAUGAGAUGAGACUUAAAAAUGCACCGCCGCCUCCACCACCAACUGAACCAUCAGGAAAUCUGGCACCAAACUGGCACCCUGGUCCCGCCAACUGGGGAUACCCAGCCCCUUUGGAGUUUCGCAGUCCG